AUGGCGGGGUCGUCGCCCAAACCGCUAUUCAUGCCAACAGCCUCUUCAUUGGUCAUGGCACUACGAAACCAAGCCUGUGAAAUAGUUAACAUAGUGAUGUUUGACUCAAGAAAAACAUUAAAGGAUGUGUUAGAAGAAUUCCAUGGUGACGGAAUACUUUCUAAAUAUAAUCCUGAACAGAAUAAGGACCUACUAAAUCAACCAAUUGACUAUGAAGGAUUUAAGUUAUUUAUGCAGACCUACCUUGAUGUGGACAUCAUGCCUGAAGACCUGUGCCGACAUCUUUUUCUGUCGUUUGUCAAGAAAGGUAUCGAAUUGGACGAUAACAACAAACAUGCUGAUGGAAAAAAAGGGUCAAGCAAUAAAACGGAGGUGCCCAUUAAGCCAGUACCUGCUCUCAUUAGUGGAGAACAAACUGGUUCCCCAAGUCACUCCCGUAGUUCCUCUAAGAAAUCCAAUGCUUCAAAUGGAUCAAUCCAUUCUGUCAAACCGUUAACUUCCAUAAUCAAAUCAAAAGGUGUGUAA